AAGUAACCCACGCCAUCACUUUUGCGUCCAUCUCCUAUCCAAUUGUUCUCCUCAGUUUGAGAGAGAGAGAAUACAAGCUGGUGGGUUAGAGAGAGAGAGGCUGUAGAGAGAGAAAGAGAGUUCAAAUAAUGCAAGGAGUGAGGUUGAUAACUGGAAUUUUGAUGAUGGCUUUUGCAGUUCAUGGCUGCUAUGGGGUUAGAGAGAGAUUGCACCCCAUUGUUCUGGUUCCAGGUAGUGGGGGAAAUCAAUUGGAAGGAAAGUUGUCAGAGAAAUACAAGCCCUCAAGCCUUCUUUGCAGGCCAUGGGGUAGAGAGAAGAACGAAUGGUUCAGGCUCUGGUUCGAUAUUUCAGUUAUCAUUCCUUCUUUUACCAAGUGUUUUGCAGAGAGGAUGACCCUUUACUAUGAUCCGAAGGCCAAAGAUUACCACAAUGCCCCUGGAGUGGAAACCAGAGUCCCUCAUUUUGGAUCAGUUCUCAGCCUUCGCUACCUCGACCCCAAUCUCAACAGGCACAUCACUGCAUACAUGGAGCCUCUCAUAAGCUCUAUAGAAGACAUUGGCUACAUUGACGAGGAGAACCUUUUCGGGGCGCCCUACGACUUCCGCUACGGCCUAAAUUCCUCUGUGGGCUCCAAGUUCCUCAAAGACCUGAAAACUCUCAUCGAGAAUGCAUACUUCUCUAAUGGUGAGGUCCCUACGAUUCUGAUCUCACAUAGUCUUGGUGGCCUAUGGGUCCUCCGACUCCUUUGCCAAAAUCCAAUGUCAUGGCGCCAGAAGUAUGUUAAACAUUUUAUUGCCCUCUCAGCUCCAUGGGGUGGCACUGUUCAAGAAUUAAUCACUUUUGCCUCAGGUUACACUUUGGGUGUUCCCUUGGUAGAUCCAUUGCUAGUAAGAGGGGAACAGAGGAGCUCAGAAAGCAAUAUGUGGCUUCUACCUUCACCUCGAAUUUUUGGUCACAGAUCUCUUGUAAUAACCCCAAACAAGACAUAUUCAGCUAAAAAUAUGCCUCAAUUUCUCGAAGAUAUUGGGUUCUCGCAAGGCGUUGAGCCUUAUAUUAAGAGGGUAUUGCCCAUCACUGGAGAGCUUCCUGCACCUGGAGUGCCCGUAACUUGCUUGAUAGGCAGUGGGAUUGAGACACCAGAGACUUUGUUUUAUGAGAGAAGUGAGUUUGAUACGCAGCCUGCUGUUGUUAAUGGAGAUGGAGAUGGGACUGUGAACAUGGUGAGUUUGUUAGCCGCUUUUGAAGAGUGGUCUAGUGUCGAGGAACAAGUGGUUAAGGUGGUGAAGUUUCCUGGUGUUUCUCAUACAUCUAUUCUAAAGGUUGACGAGUCCCUGAGAAAAAUUGUAAGUGAGAUUUCUAGAAUCAAUUCUCUCUCUUUAAGUUCAGUCAUACGAUUUGGGAGGGCCUAGGGACCGAUGUGAUGAUUGGUUUAGGUAGGGCGGCCAGCCUACGACAGAGCACCUGUAGGGAUUAGUGUGUGAGACCGUGAUCCACAAACUGACGCAUGGGACUCACAUGGAGGAAACAUACCAUGUCACAAGUGCAAGGCAAGGGGGAGAUUCCUUACUGCGAGGGGAUGCCUCGCGACCUGGGCUUCUAGAGAUGAGGCCUCUUGGCGAAGCCAAGUCAAUUUCUGGCCACCAAACCCUGCAACUGAUGAGAAGGGCUGGGGAAGCGUGCAAGUUGUUACACUCCCUCCCUCCCAAAGGUGCCUAAUGGGUUGUGUGAAUUUGACCUUUGGGUUUGAGUUUUCUUUUCUUCUUGCCCUUUCUUUGCAACUAUCUAUUCUGUAUUACUUAGAAAUUAAGUACAAACCUUCUCACUGUAAUGGGAAGUGUUACUUCCCACGAUGAAACAAACUCAUGAACUUAUUCUAAUAGGUGAGGUGCUUCAAAUUGGUAAGGAUAA